CUGUGCGAUGGCUGAUGUAUCAUACCUUCCCACUAACAACAUAUUUCUCUGUUGUUGCUUGGCUGACAGGAUGAAGGUUAUUAGCUGAGAGAUGGCGUGGCCGGUACACUGGGGCGGCCUCCUGCUCUGCAUAGUGAUCCUCUACUGCCAACCAAUGUCCACCGGCAACCACAGCCCCUUGGGGCAGUCGGAUUCAUCACAGGUAAAGACAGGUACCUGUGAAGUGGUGGACGCCCAUCGCUGCUGCAAUAAGAACAAGAUUGAGGAGCGCUCUCAAACUGUCAAGUGUUCCUGCUUCCCUGGCCAGGUCGCUGGGAAAACAAGGGCAAUGCCCUCUUGUGUUGAAGCAUCCAUCAUGCUUCAGAAGUGGUGGUGCCAGAUGCAGCCCUGUCUAAAGGGAGAGGAGAGUAAAGUACUGCCUGAUCUCAAUGGCUGGUCCUGCAGCUCUGGAAACAAAGUCAAGACCACCAAGGUAGCGCGGUAGCAAAAACCCAUCUCAGCCAAUCGACUGAGACCCUGAAUGUGCCCUGGCCUACAGUAAAUCUCACUCGUUUUUUUCUUUGAACAAAGUGAAGAUCUCGUGCAGUUCCUGGGAUACAAUUAUGAAUACACUAGCAAAUGAGCAGCCCUACCAGAUAAAUAAAGUGACUGGUGUGAAUGAAAAGGAUAACUCAAAAGGAACUCAAGGAGCCUGUGCAAUAAAGUAUGUAUCCCUACUCCCCUGCCUGUGUCCUCUGAGAGACAGAGAUGGGGGGCAGAUAAAAACAUCAUCUCUCAAUUGGAUUCCAUAUUGUGUUCUGUCAGAGGGACAUUGUCUUUCAGUGAGAGAUAAAUGCUGAGCUGAUGAUUGCUGUAUGCAUUGUCUGUUUGGAUGAGUCACACCCAGAGAGACAACUGGACAUUUGAAAUAGAUUGUGAACUUGGACCAAUGACUAUGAACAGAGGCUCUUGUCUUGACUGUCUCAAUGAAGCAAUGUGCCCUGCUAUUGAUGAGUGGAAGCUCAUUUGAUUUGGGCAUUCUUAUCAAUAUGUUUUGUGGAGAGACGCUGUCUUCAUUUGUUUUGGGCAUUCUUAUUGAUACUUUUUGUUUAGAGACACUGUCAUUUGAUUUGUCCUGUCCAACAUUUUGGAGGAAAGGGCCUGACAUGCCUGGGCUGCUCCUCGAGAUACUCCAGAUUCAGCCACACACACUCACACAUGCAAGGAUGUGAUGGCAUGGAAAUGAACAUGGAACUCAGAUGCAAAACAACGGCUGUUUGAAAUGCUAAUCACUAGGAGAGGAGGAGAGAGGAAAGGGGCUUCUUCAAUGCCGACAGUAUUUACAUCACGCAUUUGUUUGUCUUUCUAACUGCUGUCUCCUGUUGAGAGGACCUCUGUUAUAGUAAUGAUGUGAAAUGGUGCAGAAUUGCCUGUGCCUUCAAGCAAAUUGUGGCUACAAGCAAAAUAGAACAUUCACUCUACUGUCAUUUACUUUCCUCAGUUUCUGUCCUCUCAACACUUUUUGUACAUCUAUGCUUACUCAUAAUAAUUGACAUUCUUUUGUUCAUUCUUUUAAAGUAGUUUGAGAAAGCAGGAGAGUUUUUACAGUUUAACAUGACAAUGCAGAAAUGUUACAGAGCUUCACUGAUAAAAACCUACUUAUUCCCAAAACAACAUCCCAUCAGAACAUGCCAAACAGCCAUUCAAAUUCAGCUUGUCAAGCCUAACAUAAGAGGUGUUUGCUCACCACCGCCAAAAUUAUUACCCUGUAAAAUGAUUUGGCAAUUAUAUCUUCUGAGCUGUCACAAAGGAUCAGAUGUAAUGUUGUGUUUAUGACAUAAUAAUUAAUGCUAGUGUAAAUGAUGCCUAACCUACAGUUUUACUCAACACAAAUAUUUAUCUUCCUAAUUUAUUCAGCACAACUUUCUCUUAAUGACCUAGAGAGGACACAGCUAAUUAAUAAAGUGUGAAUAUGAUAAAUACAAGCCAUUAUUGCGCUGUGUGUUUGUGUGCAUGCAUGUGGGUGUGCGUGUUUUGCCUGGGGAGACAAUAAUUAAAAUCCCACUGGUUUUAAAAUGCCUCCAACUUACUCAGUGCGAUAGACUGAGUGUAAUUUGGUUAUGGCUCAAAGAUAUGUUCCAUGUGUCUUGUCAUGUGCAUGAUGUCUAGAAUUGAAAUUGCAUUUAACAUAAUUAGAGAGUUGAACAAUUAUAUUUUAAUGAAUAUAAUAUUAAUUGGAAUAACAAUGUUGGUUCAUCUGCCUGUGUUUAAUUCAUGUAUAGUGCAUGCAUGGUCAUGCGUCAUAGUUGUACUGUAGGCAGAUUGAUGCAUA